AUGUCAAAGAAAUCGCGAGAAUCGACUGCAACCACGCCAGUAAAAUAUGCAGGACGAUAUACAGAUUCAUUCAAAGUCGUCGAUCUCACGAAGGAUUCUCAUUCAUGCUCGAGUGUCCAGCCGAAUGAUCAUCUGCAAUAUGAAGUUUUACUAAACGAUGAAAGUCAAAAAGCUCCAUUUUCUGGGACUCGAUCGGACGUUUCUAACCUUUUUAGAGUGCUCUUCAUCGGAGUGACAAAGAAAAGCACGAUUAGCUAG